AUGAGGACCAACUUCAAGUGCGUAAUAGAGAUCGUUGCCAAAUCGUUGCUCGCCUCUAUCCACGAUCGUCCGUUCAUCAUGGCUCAGGUUGCACCUCCUCUGACGUACCUAUACCACAUUCCAAGUGUCCAUGAAUCCAAUGGAGGUGUCCCUGCUAUACUUGAAACGCUGGAUCUCAACCGAAGCGCCCAGGCUGGUGCCCCCAUCGAUCCCCAGAACCUCAGUCACGCAAAAACAGUCGCUAAGGCACUGAAAACAGUACACGACUUGUCGAUUGGCGACCGCGUCACAGGUGCUGUUGUGGAGAGUGCAGUGGAAGCUGCUCGCUUUACAGAAUAUCAACAACCGACUCAAUCAGAUGGAUCAUCAAAUCGCUGA